GAGACAAAGAAGGAGGAAGCGGGGAAAGCUGAAGGUCCAACGGGGGGAGAGAUCGGUGAACGGUGGAGGGCUCUGGCUGGGAGCAACAGCUGGAGAAACCGACGCGCGUCCAGGGAGCAGGAAGGAUUGAUUGAUGGAGGAGGCAGGGAGCGACCGAGGGGUGGCAGAAUGAAGCAUCUCUGAUGCGGUGGUUGUAGGCAGUGAACGAGGAUGGACAGGCAGGCAGGCAGACAGGCGGAGGCAAGAAAGGAGGGAGCCAUGGGAUAGAGCGGAGGGCAGCACCCCGGGCCCACGGAAGCCCCCCAGCUGGCCAGCGCUUCCAGUUCCUCCGCUCUCCGUCCUCUUGCGGCGCGCAACUCUCCAAAGUUGGUCCCAGAUGUCGGGACGGGCGGUUCGAGCAGAGACACGCAGCCGGGCCAAGGAUGACAUCAAAAAAGUGAUGGCCGCCAUCGAACACGUCCGCAGAUGGGAAAAGAGGUGGGUUACUGUGGGGGACACGUCCUUACGGAUCUACAAGUGGGUACCAAUUGUGGACCCCCGGGAUGAGGAGAAAAGGCGUCUGGCAAGCAAUAGCGAGCAGCAGAGAACCAAAGAAAGGAGAAGCCGGAUUCCCAGUCCGCGGAGCAGCUCUGCCCUGCUCAUGUUGGAUCUCAACGAUGAGAACAGCAACCAGAGUUCGCUGUCUGAGACCUCCUUAGUGAAAGGAGGAGACAACAGCCCCAGCCCCACGCCGGAUCGUAGUCAGACUGUAACCCCCACACCGAUGGGGGAGCUGAAGGCAGAGGAUUCUCAGCCUCCCUUGCUGGGGCAGGAAGCAGAUUCCGGGGUGCUGCUUUUGGAGGGGACAGAUGAGCCCCCCAUGCUUACAAAAGAAGAGCCAGACCCCAAGACAGCGGACACCCCGGUGAAGGACACAGGAGGCUCCUUUGAGCCCACAGUAGCCCUUGAGAAGCAGAUACCCGAGGCCGAAGAAUCGCCGUCGCUGGGGGUUCCACCGCUGAAACGCAUCCGCACCGAGCCCCAAGAAUCAGAGCCCAGCCAGUCCUCCGAGUCUUAAGCUCAGGCCUGCUCUGACUCUUUCCAUCUCUGUGGAACGUGUGUCUGUGUGUCUGUGUGAAGAACUUUCUGGAAAUUAAUGUAUUAGGGCAAUACUACGUAAAAAAUAUCUGCCGCUUGUGAAGCAUUCCCAUUCUCCUGUGCCUGCUCUGCCCCCUGGUGGAGACACACCGUAAGCUGAUGACAGUUACAGGUAAAGAAACAUGGCAGCACCUGUGGACGCUCCAGACUCCACGUUUGCUUAUGAAUUGCCAUUUUUUUAAACACUGGGCAUGUGUUAUUUGCAAGAUUAGAAGGAAGCAUUGCAGAUAGAAACAGAAGAUCUGCAGAAACUGUAUAGGGAAAUGGGGAUGAAAGGGCAAGGCUUCUUGAGUUUAGUCGCCUUCCAGGUUCCCAUAGGCUGUCUUUUGAGGAACUAAGAAUUGUGCUGUGUGUGUGUGCUGGGGUGGAACUUAAAAGAACGUUUGCCAAAAGGCAAGCACCAACAGGAUGAUUUUAAGAAGUCUUAGGAAACUUACAAGGCUCCCAGUGACUUAAAAGUGGAGGGGCAUCCAGUAAUCGAACGCGAGGCAGCCUCUUCACCUGCCCCCAAUCCACAUUUUACAAAAUGCGUCGCUUUACCCUAUUUGCUUACGUUUGCUUUAUGUAUAACUGUAUGGCUUCUGUGAUUCAGAGGAAAGGAGAGGCCCAUGGGAUCUUUAAACAAUUUUGUUCAGAACCAUGAGAAACAGAAGCUUGAUACCAGGUUUUUUUUUUAAAGUAUAUAUUCACAGGGUGACAGUUCCCACAUGGGUUGCCAGCCUCCAGGUGGUGGCUGGAGAUCUCCUGGAAUUACAACUGAUCUCCAGGCCAUAGAGACCAGUUCCCCUGGAGAAAAUGGCUGCUUUUGGGGGUGGACUCUGGCAUUAUACUCAGAUGAGAUCCCUCCCCCGCAAAUGCUAUCCUCUCCAUAAGGUUGCCAGGUUCCCUUACGUUCCUGGUGAGGGGAAGACCUGGCUCCUCCUUGCCUUCUUUAUUGUGUGCACUGUUCACGCAUGGUCCCACGGCUGCGCGAUGACGUCACUUCCGGUGCAGGGGGUACACCUGCUUCACAGCAGGCUGAUUUGGGCCUUGAACAGGCCCAAUUCGGCCCUUUUGGGGCCUAUGGCGAAGCACAGGAGUGCUCCUGGGGCAGCACGAUGCUAUCAGUGACAUCGUCAUGUCACCUGGGGAGCACGCCGGGGAAGCCCAUUCCUGAGCCUUUGUCCCCCACCGGCCAGGUAAGUGGAAGUGGGGGAUGGAGGGUGAAAGCAGGGGAUUCCCUGCCCUCAGUGGGGGAAUGGGAUCCCUACCUCUCUGGGAUCCACCCCUCCAAAUCUCCCAGAAUUUCCUAACCUGGAACUGGCAACUCUACACGCAGCCCUGAUUAAGCAUGGCAUUGGUUGUUAUUUGCUAAGAUGUUCAGUCCUAAAGUUCAAGGCUACCUGCAAGUUACACAUUCUGUCGUCAAAGACCUUUUGCUUAACUCCAGAUAUAUGGGGCUUCUCUUCAGUUCAUUAAGUGGCGAGGCCAAAGACAUUGUUCAUAGUCUUGAAAGUAUUCUCUGUGUUAUCAGUAUGUCGUGAUUUCCAGGGCGGACUGCAUUUAUACUGGAUUCUGGGGUGGAGCUCUCGAAUGGUCCGGCUCAAAUUAAGCCCUGGGAGGGGAGCGGAAAGAUCUGGGAUUCUGUUGCAAACAGGAGGGAAUUGACAAGCCUCACCUGUUGGGAGUUGAGAGGUGGGGCUGCAACUUCGGGAACCUCUUAGAUGGUGCUGAGGCUGCAGCUGGAGAAGGGGAUCGAGGGAAUCAGGAGAAUUCCUGGGUUCUGUCUCCAGAGAAUCUGAAGCAAGCGUGGGGUGCAUCUUGAGAAGGGGCCAUUACCUAUGACUUGUGGGGCCAAAGCUGGGUAGUUUCUGGAUUCUGUGUGUUGUAGGUUCCAUGGUGUACAUUUAUAUAUUUUUUCAUUAUAGAGUUUGCUACUUAAAAUGCCAGCUAUGUGUGUGUUUGUGUUCUACAAUUCCAUGACUUACCCAAAAUAUUAUCAGUCCCUUUU